AUCUCGCCCCCCUUUCUUCCAACUGCUUUUCGAUCAAAAGAAAGAGAAUCGUCAUGCCGAUACACCGAUUUCCUUGACAAACCCUAACCCUGAAACACAUUGCUGUAAAACAUCUAAUUAAUUCUUCACAUUCCUUACGAUCAUCUCAUCACAUUGCCUCGUUGUUAUCAUAUUCAUAUCUGCGUCAAAAAAUCAGAAAAAUCUUUUGGAUCACAGUCCAAAAGAUUUCCACAUGAUUCAUUGAAGGAGAAAGAUUAAUUUUAUUUUGUUAAUCAGGGGGUGACUCGAUCCAGGUCUAGGAAUUGGUUGAAAAGGGUUAUAUUGUAUUUGGCAGGGUUUGAGGAUGGGAGAUUUGAAUGCAAAGGCCGAUUAUGUGUUCAAAGUAGUAUUGAUCGGAGACUCGGCUGUUGGAAAAUCUCAGCUCCUUGCGCGUUUUGCCAAAAAUGAAUUCAAUGUCGAUUCAAAAGCUACGAUUGGGGUUGAAUUUCAAACAAAAUCUUUGUUAAUUGAUGGGAAGAUGGUGAAGGCGCAGAUUUGGGAUACUGCUGGUCAAGAAAGAUAUCGGGCAGUGACAAGUGCAUAUUACAGAGGAGCAGUUGGUGCAAUGUUAGUAUAUGACAUGACAAAACGCCAGUCGUUUGACCAUAUGACCAGGUGGCUAGAAGAACUGAGGGGACAUGCUGAUAAAAACAUAGUAAUCAUGUUAAUUGGAAACAAAUGUGAUUUAGAAACUCUUAGAGCAGUUCCAGUUGAAGAUGCUAAAGAGUUUGCAGAAAGAGAAAAACUAUAUUUCAUGGAAACAUCAGCACGUGAGUCCACAAACGUUGAAACUGCAUUUCUAACAGCUUUGACAGAAAUAUAUGGGAUUGUAAGCAAGAAAACUCUAAGUGCUGAUGGAGAUUCUGAUAAAUCAGCAUCUCUCAAAGGAACAGCGAUACUUGUUGAUCAGGAUGCAAACUCUGGUGCAAAGGGUGGUGGUGGAUGCUGUGGAUAAUUUUUUGUUAAUAUAUUCUACAACCCAAAUUGGCUUUUUAGAUUUUUAACUACUUUUUCAUAUAUUGUCAUUCAUUAAUUAGGCCAAUUUUCCCACUCAAGCUGAAAAUUUUGUACAAAGAGAGUAUAGAAUUUUUCUAGGA